GCGCGACCUUCCUUGGAAUGCCACUCCAAGAACCACACUCACUGGCGACCGCGACGGCUUGCCGCGACAGUGCCCGAUAAUUCAGCCCGUUCAGCGACCUGUAGCCGCUUCUUAGAAGUAGAGAAACACGAUACAAUAACCGAUUCAGUUCGAAUCGAAUCAACAAACCAACCAACCCGAAUAGCACACCCGACCCCGGCAAAGAGAACCGAAGCGAAAAGGAAGUUGAGCAGCUUCCCAAAAUGAGGCUCACGGCAGACCUCAUCAACAACUCCCUCUCCUACCUCAAUCCGCUCAAGGAGCGGGAGAUAGACCUCAGAGGACACAGAAUACCCGCGAUUGAGAACAUGGGCGUUGCCGGUCCCCACGACGCCAUCGACCUGACCGACAACGACAUCCAGGUGCUGGGCAACUUCCCGCUGUCGCCGCGCGUGCGCACGCUGCUGCUCGCGCGCAACCGCAUCUCCGCCAUCCAGCCCACCCUGCCGGCCGCCCUGCCGAACCUGACCAACCUCGGGCUGGCCUCUAAUAACCUCGCCGAGUUGGCCGACCUGGACAUACUCGGCCGGUUCCCGCGCCUGACCCACCUCGUGCUGGUGGAUAACCCGGUUACGAAGAAGGAGCAUUAUCGGUACUGGGUCCUCUGGCGGUGUCCCACCGUCCGGUUUCUCGAUUACCAGAAGGUUAAGGAUGCCGAGCGGCAGAAGGCAAGAGAGCUUUUUGGCUCGGCCGAGGCGCCGACCGAGUUGGCUUCGCGGAUCAUGGGAAUCAAGAGCAAGACAUUUGACGUCGGCGCGGCGGGCGGCGCCGCCGCUGCGGGACAGACAAACAAGCUGUCGCGGCUCAAGCUUACGGAUAAGGAGCGCAAGAAGCUGCAGGACAUGAUCAAGAAGGCCAACAGCCUGGAGGAGAUCAUCAGGCUGGAGAAGGCGCUGAACGAGGGACGGCUGCCGCCGGGGAUCAUGGUGGGGGACGCAAUGGAGGAGUAAAAGGGGUGAGGUAGGGACCCGGGGAAAAACCCGGGAGGGAAUUAUCUCUUGGGAUCUUGGGAGGGGAAAAUGAGUGCUCGGGUGUCUAGAGUACAGGCUGCGGGCUUACACGAGCCGAGACGGGGCGGUUUUGGGCACUGGGUGUACGAGAGCAUCGGGAAAACAAGGAGCCGCUUUGUAUGUGAUUUGUACC